CCCGCGCUCGGCCGGCCGGAGUCGCGCCCUCCCGCCCCGCGCCGCCGAACUUGCUCCAACUUCCUCGGCCGAGCCGGGCCCCGCCGCCGCCGCCGCGCCCGGGUCCUGCUUCUCGGAAGAUGCACUAUUAUAGAUACUCCAACGCUGAGGUCAGCUGCUGGUACAAGUACCUGCUCUUCAGUUACAACAUCGUCUUCUGGUUGGCUGGAGUUGCCUUCCUCGGAGCCGGACUGUGGGCAUGGAGCGAAAAGGGGGUGCUGUCCGACCUCACCAAAGUGACCCGGCUGCAUGGAAUCGACCCCGUGGUGCUGGUGCUGAUGGUGGGCGUGGUCAUGUUCACCCUGGGGUUUGCUGGCUGUGUGGGGGCCCUGCGGGAGAACAUCUGCCUGCUCAAGUUUUUCUGCGGCACCAUCGUGCUCAUCUUCUUCCUCGAGCUGGCCGUGGCCGUGCUGGCCUUCUUGUUCCAGGACUGGGUGAGGGACCGGUUCCGCGAGUUCUUCGAGAGCAACAUCAAAUCCUACCGGGACGACAUUGACCUGCAGAACCUCAUCGACUCCCUUCAGAAAGCCAACCAGUGCUGCGGGGCGUACGGCCCCGAAGACUGGGACCUCAACGUCUACUUCAACUGCAGCGGUGCCAGCUACAGCCGCGAGAAGUGUGGCGUGCCCUUCUCCUGCUGCGUGCCGGACCCCGCGCAAAAAGUGUUGAACACACAGUGUGGCUAUGAUGUCAGGACUCAGCUGAAGAGCAAGUGGGACGAGUUCAUCUUCACGAAAGGCUGCAUCCCAGCGCUGGAGGGCUGGCUGCCGCGGAAUAUCUACAUCGUGGCCGGCGUCUUCAUCGCCAUCUCCCUGCUCCAGAUAUUCGGCAUCUUCCUGGCGAAGACCCUGAUCUCAGACAUCGAGGCCGUGAAGGCCGGCCACCACUUCUGAGGAGCAGCAGGGAGUGAGCAGAGCUGAGCCACGUGGAGGCCAGAGCCCUUCAUGUCCACUUCAUGUCCAGAGGCAGCGAAGCGGCCGCCCCGCCAGAGCCAGCACCGUCUUCAGCAUCAGCGUGGUGUGACCUCUGACCCUGCUUGCUGGUGCUGAAGACCGAGGGCCUCGUCUUCACCCUCUGAACAGAAGGAACUUAUGACCGGGCUCCCUGCAGGGGUCGGCCCAGAGACAGAAUAGUCUUUAGGUGGGGGUGGCGACCGAGGGACCGGCUCCUGGGGCUGCCAGGAGGGUUGACCGGGCCUCCUGGAGCCUGGUGUCUGCAGGCGCCCUGGCCCCUCACCACUCGCGACAUCGGUGCUGGCCUGGCGGGCAGCCGCGUCCUCUGUGAGUGGGACUUGGUUAGGAGACCAGCAGGCAUGGAUAGGGCUUCUCCCCGCAGCAAAGGGUGCUGCCUGUAACGGGAUGGGGUGACAGGUGCACCUCGGAGGCUGGUGGGUCUGCAGGACCCUCAGCCGUGUCCAAGCGCAGGAAGCCUGAGCGAUACAGAGCCUGGCCUGCUGCCCUCCCUCCCGGCCGCCGAGUGCUGCUCCAUCUCCUCUGCAUCACAAGGACAGAACUGGUACCCGACCUGGCGGCUUACGCCCUGGAGGCACGAGGGACUGAGACGGGGCUCUUCUCUGAGACUGCGCUCUCCUUUUCUUAAAGCGUGUAAAUAGUUUAUUUAUGGGGGCAAGAAUGUUCUCACUCCAUCUGUAUUCCUCGGGCCUUCUCCGAGCAGCCUUACUGUGUCUGGGACUGAAGCCAUCCCUUCUAGUUCCUGUGAGUGUCUCCAGAACCAGCCCCGCCCCGCCAGCUGCUCCUCUCCAUCCCCACGGCCCAGGUGCACCCAGCCGCACCCACUGCCCUCCCCGCUCGCUCGGCCGCACUGUCUUCUGGUCUUGGUGCUACUGAAACUGUCACCUGGAACUUGAAUAUGACUCUUCCACUGCGAGGUCAGGGGGCUUCGCCCGGGCUCCUCAGGCCACACGCUGAGGCCGCUCGCUGGCCAGCCUGGCACUGCCGCUCCCUGCAGAGAGCUCGGGCCAGGCCUCUGUGCCCACCCCGGCUGCAGCUGGGGAGAGGCUCGGGACAUUCUGAUGCUAACUUUUGAGGUGACUCCUUUCUCCCCAACCGGGAUACCUGUGGCCACCCCGCCCGCCCCUCCUGUCAGGGCUGCUCUGAGCCUGCUCUUGGAUAUGAAGUCGUCGUGUGUGCAGAGCCCUAGGGACGGCGGGCAGCUGCGGCUCGGGCUCCUGCUCCUCUGGGUCGGGUACCAGUUCUGUCCUUGUGCAGCGACUGGGUGCCGCCUCCACCGCCUGGCCGGGCGCGCGUGCUGCUGUGGCGUAGCUGGUGGGUGUUUGUUGAUGAUACUGU